AUGUCGUUCUCCUUGUCUGACCCCGACUUUGCGGUACUGCUCAACGAGAUGGAAACUGCAGAGGGAUCAAAGAGCUCGCCUCAGAAGUCGCGCGCGCCCGAGGCUACGUCGGAUGCCGAGGAUGCCGGCGGCGGUGUCACGUCGCGCGGCGCGAAUAUGAAUCCGCAAGCGAGCUCUGCCAACGGCGAGGCCAUUACACCCUCGGUCUCAAGGACAUUGCUCUCGCCCAACGAUCAGCCAUCGCCAAUCAGCACUCUCCGGCGCCGCGGCUCCAAGGAGUCUAUCAUGUCGGUGCGCAUGGAGCCCGACUCAUCGUUCCAGGCGCUCGCCGAGCUCCUCGCUGGCCUCAAGCCUGACGAUGACAACAAGGUGUCUGUCAAUUACUCGCUGCUCACAGAGGCUGUCCGCGAGCACAAUGCGCUCAAGGAGGCGGCUGACACACUCAAGGCAAAGUACACGGGUGCAAAGCGUUCCAGCCAGCAGUACAGCGACGGUCUCGUCAUCGCCGGAGAGGAGUACGACAAGGAGAGCCAGCGCCGCCGCGAGCUCGAAACGGAGAUUGCUCGUCUGCGGUCACAAUUGCACGGCCAGAGCGCGCGCCUGUCCCUUAUCUCCAGCGAUGAGCGCCGCCAGGAGAGGCUGAACCGCCGGUCUCAAGACCUUGCGAGCAAUCUGACUGGCCUCGAGCGUGACAUUUCCAGACUGCGUGCUCAGCGCGACAUUUCGCUCGCCGAGAUCGAAGAGCUGCAGUCUAAGCGCGGCGAGAUCGACUCUGAGGAGGCUACGUCCAAGGUCAGCCGCUCGCUCUCGCGCCGCCUUGACAAGAUCAAGGAGGAGUACAGAGAUGAGUUGGCCCCCCUGUCUGCGCAGAGGGAGGCUCUCCAGCGGGAAAUUGCCGACCUCGAGGCCACCAAGGAGCAGUACAUCGAGGAGGCCGCGUCGCUGCAGGCUAAGAACGAUGAGAUCAGCGAGCUCAACCAGCAGCUCAUGCGCCAGAACGAGGCACUCUCCGACCGUCGGUCGCCAGCGGCCUUCCCGGCAAUCGCCAAGGCCCGCGGACACCCAUCAGGGUCUCCGUCCAUGUCAUCGUUGGCGACAGCACUCGAGGGUGUCCCAGAGGAAUCAAAGGAGACUGCCCGAGUCAUCAAGGUGUCAAAGCCGGAGCCGAUCGAGGUCACGCCAGCGCGCCGCUUCAAGUGGAUCGGCAAGGCGGCCAAGGCGGUGGACACUGACAAGCUUACUGUCAGCGGUGGCAGCGGCGGAGACAAGCGAAAGCUGCGUCCCGCCACCGAGGUCGGCACGCGGGAGCACCACUUCACACAGCACAGCACCAUGCGCCUGGGUCGUUGUGACCUGUGUCAGGACAAGAUGUGGGGCCUUCAGGAGGUCAAGUGCUCUGCGUGCGGUAUCGUUUGCCACCAGAAGUGUGCUGAGAAGCUUCCCAAGUCGUGCACAGGCAAGGGUGCCAAGGUCGAGGACGAAGGCCCGCUGCCUCCGAGCAUGUUCGGCCGGGACCUCAGCGAGCAGGCCGCCGCGGACAACGCUGCAGUGCCUGUGAUCGUCACCAAGUGCAUCCGCGCAGUUGAGGCCAACGGUAUGGAGUACGAGGGCAUCUACCGAAAGACGGGCGGCAACGCGCAGUGCAAGCAGAUCACGCAGCUCUUCGAGCGCGGCAAGUACGAGACGUUCGACCUGACCAACGCCGACGACUUUAACGACAUUAGCGCGAUCACUUCAGUGCUCAAAAACUACUUCCGCAAUCUGCCUGACCCCGUGUUCACCCACAAGCUGCAUGAGAGCUUCAUUGCGGCAGCCAACAUCCGCGGCGCCGACAACAAGAAGCAGGCACUGUGCGCGCUGCUGCAGGAGCUUCCCAAGGCGCACUACGACACGCUCAAGGUGCUAAUGCUGCACCUCAACCGCGUGACGGCCAAGAACGAAGUCAACCUGAUGACGAGCCAGAACAUUGGUGUUGUGUUUGGGCCCACUCUCCUCCGCUCUUCCGACCCGAACCGCGAGUUUGGCGACAUGGCGGGCAAAGCACUGAGCGUGCAGUGGAUGGUCGAAAACGCCCCGUCCGUGUUCCUCGAGGAGCGCGAGUAG